GUGGCAUUACUGGAAUGACGAAGUACCAAAAUGAUGAAGGAGGCACCAAAACGACGAAGGAAGCACCAAAACAACGAAGGAAGCACCAAAACGAUGAAGGAAGCACCAAAAUAACAGAAAAGGAAAAUCAAACCAACUAA